AUGUCACGCCGUGCUCCGAUGGCGAGGUUCAACUCGGUGACGAUGGCCAGCUACCGACGGGUCAGAAUAUUCUUCUCUUCCUUCACCCUCGAGAACCCCAACGACCUCAACAUAUGCAACUUCGACUACCUGGCCAUCUAUGACGGCGGGUCCGACGUCGACCCGAGCCUGGGGAUGUUCUGCGGUCCACAGAACCCACCAGCCACCAUCACCACGGGCAACGAGCUCUACGUUGUGUUCCAUACCGACUCGUCCAUUCAGAAGACCGGAUUCCGAGCGGAGAUCACUGACGUGCCUAUAGAUUAUGUCGAACCCGUACCGACUCCUGCACACGGCCUCUGCUACUAUACCUACACUGAAGAACAUGGUGUGUUCUACUCACCGGGCUUUCCUGAUUACUACGGCAGUAGUCUAAAGUGUACAUACAUCGUCACCAGCAGCAAGGCAGAUAAUACCAUAUUGCUUCGAUUCCCCUCGUUCGACGUGGAAGAGUCCAUCAAUUGCGUCUACGAUUAUGUAGAGAUUCGAGAUGGUGAUUCCGAGACCAGUGAGCUCCUCAACCGCUACUGCGGGGCUUCCCUGCCAGAAAAUACGAUAUCGUCGACUGGUCCGGCGAUGUUCGUACGAUUCCGUUCUGAUUCGUCGAAUGUAUUCAAGGGUUUCUACGCCGAAUACGCAGACUCCGACACGGGGUUUCAGGAUGACAACGGCAAUUCAAACUCCAAUCAGUUCUCAGUUUGUGACCUGUCUCAUGCUGCACUGACCGAGAAAGGGGGCGCCAUAGUGUCUCAUGAGUCCUACUCGCAGGGAAGCUAUGAUGAUUCUCAGUACUGCACCGUCACCAUCAUCGCUUCACGGGCGCACGAAAGAAUAUUCUUUGAUCUCAUCGAGAUUGACCUGCCGCCAUCAAAUGACUGCGGAGCGAGCGGGGACUAUCUCCAACUUCUCGACGGCGACGCGAGCGCGCAGAACUCAGAAACACUCGGCUUCUUCUGCGGCCAAGGCGUGGGACGAUAUACCACCGAGAACUCUUUUGCCGUUGUUCGGUUUAUCUCCGACAGUGUGCCGAACUCUGAACUUGAGGGAUUCAAACUUGUUUAUUCCAUCUUUUAUACAGAUGAAAACGGGUGCGAAGAUGGUGACUGGCAUUGUGAUAACAACAGAUGCAUCGCAAAGAAUCUAAUCUGUGAUGGUUACGACCACUGCAGGGAUAACUCAGAUGAAGAAAGAGGCUGCAGGCAACUUUCAACGAGGAUCUGGAUGAUCGCUGUCGGGGUGAGCGCGGCCAUCAUCAUUAUGGUCGUUGUCGCAGGGUGUCUCUUUUACAAGUGGUCCAAUCGAAAAUCAGCUCUAAACCCCUCCUACGAAGCUUCGAGCCCCACCUCAACAGCGGCUCCAAUGAACAGCGCUAAUUCGCAAAUCCCAGCAAGCAAAACGAUGACCGCGGUCACCAUCUCGAGGAACGACGACAUAACCACCGCUCAUUCUCCUCGUCGAUUAGGACGUCGUCACAGCAACGCCGUCGAGCCUUUAGAAUUCACGCCGACCACCCCGCCGCCUCCAUCUUACGGCGACGUCACUUCGAACCAGGAACCGACAAAAUACCUCGAAUUCGGACGAGGGAAAAGUAAAACCGAAUCCCGGUCCCGAGAACCGAGACUAAAACCGUUGUCGUUAUUACCGUCGUCGGAACCAACGCGGGAAUCGACGACAGUUCUGAAUAUGGAGUCGUUGCCAACAGGGAGUAGGAACGUCCUGCCGCCGAUCAAAAAUGAUGAUAGGUGAUCCAUGUGAAAAAAAAUUGAGAAGUACUCCAUUCUUUAAGAUUCUUAAUUUGUUUCAUCUGUUUAAUGCAAUCUCUGACUUAAAUACUAUAUUACAUGUCAUUUUGUAAUUUUAUACGCCAUAAAUAUGCCAAAUGUACAGUUUUAUUACAAAUAAAUUAAUGUAAAUAUUUUAAAUUAUUGUACAUAAUACUUUGACGAUUGGACGAAGGUCUAUGAUGAAUGAUACUUGUUUUUAUUGAUGCUAGCUGAAAGCCAUAUAUUUAAAUGAGGAUCAGAAUGGCCUCAUAUAUUAUAGGACUGAUGCAAUAUUAUUAUUGUUCGGCAAAAUUUAAUAAAUUGGAGUUGUAAAGCUCUCUUGUUUUUCCACUGACCAAGCUUAAAUUUGAUGAAUACUGGAAAUACAUUAAUUAAAAUAAAAAUCUUUAGGUAGAAUGGAAAUGAGUAAAUACAAAGGAUGUUUAUUCGAAUUUCGCUAGAAAAGAUCAAUCAUUAUGAAAUCCAAUAGAAAGAAACAAAAAAGGUUCAAGGAUAGGUAUCUUGAAUGAUCAUUGGAAAUAAUCCCUAUCAUGUGGAGAAUUUUAAUAGCACAAUCAUCGUACAAAUUAAUUACCAGCAUUCACGUUUCCAAACAAAAAAUAAAAUGUUUGCAGUUACAUCGUUGUCAAAAUUUUCCCAAGGUGUUCCUAAAAAACAAACACUAGAUUUCUUGAACUUGAUGUGCAAAUGGUGUCCUUACGUAUCAAAUAGUUUCAUAACAUUUCGGAUCUGCUGGGUCCUGUUUCAUAAAAGUUAUGACUAGUAACAAGUUACAAUAAUUGAUAUGAGUUGCUGAAGUUGCAUUUCUCAUAGAUAACAACUUUUUUGAAAAUAAAACAUGGCCCUAAAUUCUAGCUCCAGUAUA